UUGUUCUUUACAGUAUUAUACUUUGAUUUUCGUCUCCCACCAAACUUAGGACGCAAGGAAAUGCUAGCUUCAAUCUGGGGCCUCCAAGUUUGCCGAAAGUGAAAUACCCCGUUGUCUAAGCAAACAUGAUUGAACUUUUUUAAUGGCUGCUUUGCUAUUCCCAUUCCAAAGCUGACUCUCUUAAUUAGUUGGCUGGCUGGCGUGAGCAUGCAAUGACAUUCCAGAAAUUUUUAACAAAAUAGAGUACUACUAGCUAGGGAAUCAUAUCUUCUUCCAUAAGAACAAUCAUACCCUCAUUCCCUAUCUUUGCAACCUUGUCCAGAACUCUCUCUCCAAUUCUUCUAUCAUCUCUCAAACAAGGAAUGAUUUCGUCACGACCAAAUGCUUCGAUGCCAGGCUGGAUGCUGGCAAAGAAGCUCGGCCGUGCUAAAAAGGCAUGGAAGAGCUUCACUGGAAAAGUACAGUUGAAACUCCACGAGCUCAACAUCCCCAAAACCAUCAAAACCACCACUAAACGUCUCCUCAACUUGCGCUGUUUGCGAUUCUUUGUCCCAUCCAAACUACGCGCUCUCACUAAAACUUCCUCUACAUUUUCUCGAAACCAAUAUUACAACCACCACUACCAACACCACAACAAGUUUCUCCAUAAGAAUGCUGCGACCAUACACAUAGACGAGCUCUUUGCACAGUCUCCCGACUCUGCGCACACCAAGAACCGACAUUUAGAUGCGCAAGCUGAAACAAGCAGAGGCAAAGAAGGGCUCAACAAAGGAAAUAUUGCAACGAGAAACAGCAAGAGUGUUUAUAGCGUUGAAGAUGCAUGGCAGGCAGUGGUUGCUAGGUCACCACAGCUACGGGUAGUGGACGAAAGGGCGGAAGAGUUUAUUUACAAGUUUAGGCAAGACAUGAAGCUUCAGAAGGAGAGGUCCAUCCUUGAAUUCCAGGAGAUGUUGGCUCGAAGUGCCUAGAUUGAUUGGCUUUGUGAGUACACUAUUAAUUAUUAGCUUUCACAUUUUCAUUUUUAUUUUUUUCUAAUUCAAAAUAUGGAACAUUGAAGGUUUGGGAGUUUGUUGUUUUGGUUUUCGAAGUGAAGAUGCAUGUAUAGAAACUUUAGGUACGUUCUUUUCCUUAGAACCCUUUUUUUUUUUUUUUUUUGGAUUUUUUCCCGAAGUGAAGAUGCAUGUAUAGAAACUUUGGUUUGGGAAUUUGUAUACAUACGUUAUUAAAU